AUGGCCGCUCUCUUGAACUUCUUCUACACGCAACUUUUCGUGAAGCUGCCAUAUCCUACCCACUCCUUCUCUGGCCAAACCAUAAUCGUCACCGGGUCCAACACGGGUCUCGGCCUCGAAGCAGCGCGACAUUUCACGCGCCUCGGGGCCGCCAAAGUGAUCCUCGCAGUCCGCUCCCUCUCCAAAGGCGAGGCUGCCAAAGAGUCAAUCGAAAAUUCCACCGACCGAAAGGGCGUUGUGGAGGUAUGGCACCUCGAUCUCGGAAACUACGAGUCUGUGAAGGAGUUUGCGAAGAAAGCGGAGGGCCUAGCUAGGUUAGAUAUUCUGGUUGAGAAUGCCGGGAUUGCGCGAGAGGUGUGGUCUGUUUUGGAGGACAACGAGGCGACCAUCACGACCAAUGUGGUCAGCACCUUCCUGCUGGGCCUGCUGCUGCUGCCGAAGCUGCGGGAGAGUGGGCAGAUGUCCAAUGUCACGCCUCAUGUGGUUGUUACCUGCUCCGAGGUUCAUGCUUGGUCCCCUUUCACCGAGAGAAAAAGCGAGAAUAUAUUCGAUGCCCUGAACGACAAAGAGAGUACGGACAUGGCCGAUAGAUAUCAGGUUUCGAAACUUCUCCAGGUCUACCCUUGCCGCGAACUCGCCACUCGCGCCAGAAAAAGCGGCAAGUCCGACGUCAUUAUCAACUACCUCAACCCUGGCCUCUGCCAUUCUGAGCUAGCUCGGGAUUCCGGCUUCGGGCUUGCCGUUUUGAAGUUCUUGUUUGCAAGAAGCACGGAGCAUGGGAGUCGCAGUCUGGUCCAUGCGGCGGAGGCGGGCGAGGAAACGAAUGGGGAGUAUUUGAGUGAUUGUCACAUCGCGCAGCCAGGGCCGUUGGUGACGAGCGAGGAGGGACCCGAGAUUCAGAAGAAAGUGUGGGAUGAGCUUUCGGCGAAAUUGGAGAAGAUACAGCCUGGGAUUAUGGGUAAUAUGUGA